GUAGAACAUGCUUUUGUUAGUCAAACUGAAACCAAAAGUAAGAAAUCCUUCCUUAAAAUGACUACUAACCUAGUCACAGAGGCUUGCAACAAUGCAGAGGAUUAUACCUGUUAUUUGUGUAAGGAACUGUUUAAGAAGCCGGUUAUUCUCGACUGUGGACAUAAUUACUGUAAGUCCUGUAUUGAUAAUGCUUGGGAUAACAGUGUUAAAGAUCCUGCUUGUCCUGAGUGUAGGGAAGAAUUCAAAAGCAAGAAGUACACAGUGAACUGGUUACUGGCUAAACAGGUUGCAGCCUUGAAUCUCAGCUCAGGUAGUACAGACAAGGGUACAGGCCCACUACAUAAAGCAAUAACAGCCAAAUGCUUGCAGCAUGAGGAGAACCUGAAGCUGUUUUGCAGGGAAGAUGAGACACUCAUCUGUAUCAUUUGUCGAGAUUCAACUAAGCAUUCUGGUCACAGCUUCUUACCCUUGGAUGAAGCUGUCAUCAAGUAUCAGGACAAAAUGACCACCGUACAAGUUCCUUUGGAAACUGCACUGCAAAAACUUGCUGAGCUACAGGCCCAACAAAAGAAGAAGAUCACAGAUGUCAAAGACCAUGCCAGGAGGUUGGAGCAGCACAUCAAAUCACAGUUUGCUGAAUUGCAUCAGUUCCUGGAAGAAAGAAAGCAAUGUCUGACCAAACAGCUUAAGAAUGAGAAAGAAGAGAUAUUGAGAAUGAUGAAAUAUAAUCUAAAGAACAUUAAAGAAGAGACUACCAUUUUUGAAAAGUCACUUUUGGACAUUCGGUCACAAAUGGCUCAGCAGGAUGCAGUAACAUUCCUUACAGAACUGAAAAAUCUCUCAGAAAGUUGCAGCAAAGCUGAACAACUUGCAAGCAAAUCCAAAAAUGAUGUGAUUUCUGGAGAAUUUAGCCUUUCGAGAUUCAAAGGACCAUUGCAGUACAGAGUCUGGAAAGAAAUGAAAUCCAUUAUUGACCCUGGCCCAAGAUUGAUUUGCCAGUUCAGAGGUGACUGUCAUCAUGCAGCUGAUGAAUAAACUGAUUAUUAUCAC